AUGCCAAGCGUCGGACGCCUCUCCUUCCUGGGCCUUGGUGUGCUCUUUGUGCAGCUUCUGCCUGUGGUGCUGCUGGGCACCGCAAACUCCGCUCAAGCGGCCUGGGGUUGGUCUUCAGACUCAGGGGGCGGCAGCCAGGAGGCCAAAAAAGACUCCCCGAGCAACGGCGUGGCUGCAACUCUGGGAGCAAGCACUGUCCUGGCGGCCGCUUAUCAGCUAAGCUGA